UUCCUUUUUGUCUGGUGGUAAACAAUCGGUUUUGAUGCAUUGAAUACUUUAAAAGGGUGUCUUUUUCAGCGAACGCAGGUGUAGGCUGCCAUAGAGGACUACCGCAAGUCUCGUGUCUUGGUGUGAGCAGAUUAUUCAAAUAGGGCGCACACGGAGUUAGGUUUGGAGGCUAUAGCGCAGAACACAGAGUUGAACCACAGCAAGGCAAGGAGCCAACGUCAUACAAGAACUUCUGUCAUCGUCAGUCGCUCUGUGGAGUGUGGAGGUACAGAUAGGAAGACAGUCUACUCAUGAUCCAGCCUCCGGGCAGCAAGAAGACUGCCAACCUGGGCUACCCGUGGUCCCCAAUCGGUUUUGGGUGCUUUUUAAUCUGCUGCUGUGAGGCUGUUGAAGAAAUAAUUUAGUUUUGGACUGUCCACAAUGCUGAGCGCUGUCAAAAUGGAAGGACACGACCAUUCAGACUGGAGCGCAUACUACACAGAGCCUGAGUGCUACACCACAGUUGGAAACAUGAACUCCGGACUUGGAAUGAACUCAAUGAGCACCUACAUGAGCAUGCCUGGAAUGACUUCGACAGGCAACAUGACAGCCAGCCCUAUGAAUAUGUCAUACGUGAACACGGGUGUGAACCACUCAAUGGCUGGGAUGUCACCGGGCUCUGGGGCCAUGCAUGGCAUGGGAGCUGGGAUGGCGGGGAUGAGUGCCGCUCUCAACCCAAGCAUGAGCCCAAUAAAUGCACAACCUUCGUCAAUGAAUGCCCUGACUACCUACAGCAACAUGAGCGUUAUGAGCCCCAUGUAUGGACAGUCCAACAUAAGGUCGAGGGACCCGAAAACAUACCGUAGAAGCUAUACACAUGCCAAACCCCCAUAUUCCUAUAUUUCUCUUAUUACGAUGGCCAUCCAGCAGUCAACCACAAAGAUGCUCACCUUGAGUGAGAUAUACCAGUGGAUCAUGGACCUGUUCCCUUUUUAUAGACAAAACCAGCAACGCUGGCAGAACUCUAUACGCCAUUCACUGUCAUUUAAUGACUGUUUCCUCAAAGUUCCCAGGUCGCCAGACAAGCCAGGAAAAGGCUCUUUCUGGACGCUUCACCCGGACUCAGGGAAUAUGUUCGAAAACGGCUGCUAUCUUCGAAGGCAGAAGCGUUUCAAGUGCGAGAAAUUACUAGAGUCUGGAGGGAAGGCGUCCGAGGGCGGAUCUAACAGCAGCUCGGAAAGCUGCAACGGCAACGAGUCACCGAACCCAACUCCUGCUGUCAAAGAGGUUAAAAAACCAGAGUCGAAACUCAGACAAGCAAUGAGCCCUGUGCGCGCACCCUCUCCUCUUCCUCAGACACAUCAUCUUUUGCCUCAGCAUCAUUCGGUGCUCGUGCAUGAGGGGCACCUGAAACCCGAGCACCACUAUUCCUUCAACCACCCUUUCUCCAUAAACAAUCUCAUGUCGUCGGAGCAGCAGCAUCACCAUCAUCAUCACAAAAUGGACUUAAAAACAUAUGAACAGGUGAUGCAGUACGGCUAUGGCUCACCUAUGACAGGGCCACUGUCAAUGGGCUCAAUGUCUAAAACGGGCAUUGAUGUUUCGACACCUACAGACACAUCAUACUACCAAGGUGUGUAUUCUAGGCCAAUUAUGAACUCCUCUUGAAUCUUUCUACAAUGUACAUUUCUGCCAACUAACAAUUUGUACAUAUAUCUGGGAUACGAAAGGCAACCCAUUGGACCAUUCCGACGACGAAAAUGGCCCACGAUUCCUACCUUUUCUGAAGGAUUUAGCCUAUAGCUUUCUAAGCUAAUUAAUAUUUGUAAAACUUGAUGCUCGAUGCCAAUAUUCGUUGUGUUACCUAUCGAUUAUUUUAUGUGUAACUUUGUACUCAUGUAGCAAACGAAAAAAUAUAUAUUAAAGUAUGUCUUGAUUGUU